AAAGGUCUAAUCUGAAAAAUAGUCUCAUUUUUUUUUGUUCUCUUUCUAUCUCGUCGUCUUCCUCGUGACUUCUCCAAGGUGAAACCCUAGCUGCUCCCCAACUUUCGCGCCAUCGCCGCCGACUAUCGCCGGCCACAGGUCAACAGGAGAGCCCGUUCAUAUCCGGGGCCUCUCGAUUGAGAGUUUCGUCUCUCUCUCUCCCCCUUGCCCUGUUUUGCCGCCUCCCCAAUCGGUGUGCAUCAGCAGCGACAUCACCGUCGGCGAUGGGAGGCGUCGCCGAAGUCCUCGUUCCCUCCUCUUAUUACGUUGAAGUGGCGUGGCGUGGCGUGGAGAUUGCUUGACCGAUCUCUUGCCAGUUUUUCUUUUACUCCACCGUGCAAGAUCAAUCCUUCCUUUUCUCCGUCGUGCAUGGGGUUCAACUGAAUCAGAUGCUCCACGUUAAGGCCACCGUUGAGCUUGAUGGCGGAAGGAAGCAGUAGCCAUAGGAGGAGUGCAUUCUCCCCUGGGCUGGCUGUGUUAUUGUCUGGUGACGAAGCUAAGAUUAGCCCCCAGAAGUCGCACUUGGUGUCCUAUCAUGACGAAAUUGGGCACCAGGCUGUUGAGAGGACGAUAGAGCACAUUUUUGAUCUCCCUCACAAGUCAGUGGUCCGGCCUCCUGGACCAAUUGAUACGGGCUUCGUGCGCUCAGUGUUGAGGAAUCAAGCUAGAAAAUUUGAUAUUGACUGGGAAAAAUGCAUCCAUGGAUACCAGGGCAGCGUCUUGAUUGUGGACAAAGGUGCUGGGCAGAGCAAGGUGGUUCUUGAUGAUUCGAGCAUUUGCGGUAGCUUCCGGAAUAUCAGGGGACCUUUACUUGUUGAGAGCUCCGCCCCGUUCAGCAGUGCCAGGGCUAAUGCCUGUGUGUGGAAAGGAAAAUGGAUGUAUGAGGUGACCCUGGAGACAUCUGGAGUUCAGCAGCUUGGAUGGGCUACACUCUCUUGCCCUUUUACUGAUCAGAAAGGUGUUGGGGAUGCUGAUGAUUCAUAUUCCUUUGAUGGCCGGAGGGUGACUAAGUGGAACAAUGACCCUAAGCCAUAUGGCCAGCCAUGGGCAGUAGGUGACGUGAUCGGUUGCUGCAUCAACUUGGAUGCAGGAGAAAUCUCCUUUUACAGGAAUGGGACUUCUCUUGGUGUUGCUUUUGAUGGAAUUCGCAAUGUGGAACCUAAGAAGGGAUAUUAUGCUGCAAUCUCCCUCUCGGAAGGAGAGCGUUGUCAUCUGAACUUUGGUUCACAUCCAUUCAGGUAUCCUGUUGAUGGGUUUGAUCCAUUGGAGGUGCCACCACGCUCUUGGUCAUUUGUGACAUAUCUUCUUAGAUGUCUGUUCAGACUGCUAGAAGUCCACAACCUGGAGAAAUCUGAAUCAGCAUACUUUGAGAAACUGAGGAGGGUCAAAAAAUUCGCACCACUACAAGAACUCUUUCGACCAAUCUCAGAAGGGAUAUGUGCAGAACUUUUCAGUGCUAUUGAAGUGAGCCAGGGGUGUCUUGAGUAUAUUGCCUGGGGCUCGUUGACCACUCUACUCUUAGAUGUUUUCAGAACUCGUGAGCCACAUGAUUUCUCAUGCCUUGAUCAGGUUCUUGACCUUUUCCUCCGGUUCCCAGGUUGCACUUCAUUAUUUCAGGAGCUCAUUGUGGCUCUUUCUUGCAUGUGCAAAGCUGCACCACUUGUGUUGACAGAAUGCCCAUAUUCUGGGUCAUACCCAUUUUUAGCGCUGGUUUGCCACCUUCUUAGGCAUAAAGAUGUAAUGUGUUUAUGGUGGAAAGCAGAAGAUUUUGCUUUCUCGUUUGAAGGGUUCCUUACAAGGAAGAUUCCAAAUAAGCAGGAUCUACAGUGCCUUGUACCAUCUGUUUGGUGGCCUGGGUCUUCUGAGGAUGAAGUUAGCAUGACACUGACGAUGACAACACUCUCAGAUGCAAUCAAAAAGAUUGAGGAGAUGCAUUGUGAGCUUUGCAGCUUAGUAAUACGCUUUAUUCCACCAAUGUCUCAGCCUCAGCCACCAGGCUCUGUAUUUAGGUCCUUUGUACAAAGUUUGGUGCUUAAAGCUAGAGGUGGAGAGCAUAGGAUGGUUGUCAAUGGGACUUUCAACAACACUGUGCUUGUUUCAUUGUACACAGUAAUCCUACAUUUGUUGUCUGAAGGAUUUUCUAUGGAUUCUGCUGGAUCUGCAUCAUCCUCUAAAGCAAACUGUGGGAAUGGUGUUGGAUUUCUUCACAAAGGUGGAAAGCGCAAGUUCCCGACACAAUUGCUUUUUAGAAAUGAUGCCUAUUACAGUGUAAUUCCUAGAAUCGGUGGACCACCAAGUAUUUUGAUGCAUCACAAAUUUGAUGCUGUGGAAAAUGAAGUACAGUGGGACGAAGGCUGCAUGAAUGAUGAAGAGACACGUGUUACACACACUACAGUACAGAAGCCUUGUUGCUGCUCAGUGACAGAUGUUGCUGUUGGUGUAAGAUACAAAGAAACUGCUAAGUAUGUGCCAUCAACUUCAAAAGGCCCAUGUAAGGCUAUGCCUGAAAGGUCUGCUCAUGUUGCUGCUGAGUGCAAUGGUAGAGGUCUGAGUGAUGAGAUCGAAGACAAACCUAGCACUAGUGCUCAAUCAGAAAUUGAAUAUGGAUACCAGGCACUGCAUAGUCUUGAAAACAUGCCAAUGGCAACUCAAUCUUCGUCGGAAGCACUUAAAGAAGAAGAGCUGCUUGAUGUUAUGUUGUUGUUAUAUCAUCUGGGCAUCUCACCAAAUUUUAGGCAGGCGUUUUAUUUCAUGUCUCAGCAGUCGCAGUCCAUUUCUUUACUAGAAGAAACUGACAGGCAGAUACGAGAAAAAUCAUGCUCAGAGCAAGUAAGGCGUUUGAAAGAAGCCCGGAAUAGCUAUCAUGAGGAUUUGGUGGAUUGUGUACGCCAUUGUGUUUGGUACCGGGCCGCCCUUUUCUCCCAGUGGAAGCAAAGGGGAAUGUACGCAACUUGCAUGUGGGUCGUGGAGCUUCUUUUGGUCCUUAGUAACUCAAAUAACAUUUUCCACUAUGUUCCUGAGUUCUAUGUGGAAUCACUGGUGGAUUGUUUCCAUGCACUGCGAAGGAGCGAUCCUCCUUUUGUUUCCCCUGCAUUAUUUCUCAUGCAAGGGCUGGCCCCAUUUGUCACUCUGGUUGUCAAGCACUUCGAUGAUACGAGGAUAGUGAAUCCUGACUUGAAAGAUCUUCUUCUUCAAUCCAUAUCAGUCCUUGUACAAUACAAAGAAUUCAUGCUUGUUUUCGAGAACAAUCGGGAGGCUAUAAAUAAGAUGCCUAGAUCACUUUUAUCAGCUUUUAACAACAGAUCAUGGAUUCCUGUUACGAACAUACUUUCCCGGUUCUGCAAAGGCUCAGGAUUUGCUUCCUCUAAGAAUGGUGAAUCCUUAUCAUCUGCAACUUUCCAGGUUCUACUGAGGGAGACAUGUAUUCAUGAACAAGAGCUGUUCUUUUCCUUUCUCAAUCGACUUUUCAAUACACUCAGCUGGACAAUGACUGAGUUCUCUAUGUCCAUCCGGGAGAUGCAAGAUAAAAACCAGGUUGCUGAUUUGCAGCAGAGGAAGUGCAGUGUCAUUUUUGAUAUAUCAUGCUGUCUUGCGCGAAUCUUGGAAUUCUGUACCCGAGAGAUUCCAUGUGCAUUUCUCAUGGGACCAGAUAUGAAUUUGCGGAGGUUGGCUGAAUUGGUUGUCUUUAUUCUCAACCACAUCAUAUCAGCAGCUGAUGCAGAGUUCUUUGACAUGACACUGAGACGGCCAGGGCAGCAUCAAGAGAAAACAAAUCGCACUAUGAUCUUGGCUCCUCUUGUCGGCAUUAUCCUCAGUCUUAUGGAAUGUAGCAGCACAUCAGAACAAAGGGAGCUAAAUGAUGUGAUUGCAGUGUUUGCCAGCAUGGAUUGCCCUGCCACAAUCCAUUUUGGGCUGCAGUACCUACUGAGCUACAACUGGAGCAAUGUUCUUCGAGGGGAUUCCUCCCUUGCAAAGCUAGCACAACUUGAAGAGUUCUCCCAUUACUUCCGACGCAUUACAGUGUCUGUGGAUGGUGAAGACGACCAUAGCCUAAACAUGGUUGAUGAAGAAGAAGAUGACACCUGUUGCAUUUGCUACAACUGUGAUUCUGAUGCAACAUUCCAGCCAUGUCAUCACCGGUCCUGUUUUGGCUGCAUAAGCAGGCAUCUCCUGAACAACCAGAGGUGCUUCUUCUGCAAUGCAGUGGUAACAUCAGUUACUAGGGUAGCCGAUUCGUGAGCGAUGCACUACUCUACUCACGGUCCCCUUCUGUAUCGUGAUCCGGAGGAAGAUCGCACCACUGAUUUGUCUAUCUAUUUUGCUUGACCUGAGGGCUGAGGCGCUGGCGGCUCGGAGUUCUUUCCAUUGCUUUUCGAGGAAGACCGCAUUACCUUUGUGCACAUAGGUCAGAAACGGUUCUUCUUUUUCCUUGUAUGUAAAGGUCAGGUAAUAGUAGAAAGGAUUCAAUAACAAUUACUGCAGAAGGAGGUUUCUGUACACGGUGGGAAGCCAGUACCACCGAAAGGAUCCAUGGAAUCACAAUUUUUGUAGGUUGUAGGUUGAUUCCACGAUUGUGUAAAUAUGAGAUAUGAAACAGAAAAAAGGGGUGAGAGAUCAACAUCUACCUUCUGUAAUUAGCCAAAAUAAAAGAACUAGAUGCUUUAUAUUGAUCAGAGCUCUAGUCUUCUUUUUGUUCCUCCCCGCUGUGUAGCGUCAACAGUGAACAAAUUUUCUGUUUUCUGCCCGGUUGUAACAUGCUGUCAGCUGUAACAAUUCAGUAUCAGCCAAAUUGGCUGCUUCAAGCUGUUUUUGGGUAUACGUCAUACGUAUACGUA